CGUGCUCCAUCUCCACCGCCGCGACCUCAAAUCUCCCUUCCUCAUCCAUCAGUUCCUCCCGAUCCAAUUCGUUCCCGCCGCCAAGGAAUUGAUCUCUCCUACAGACAUCAUCCCUAAUUGGACGGCAUUUCGGUUGUCUCUCAUGUCUGCGCUCCUUUUAGGAUUGCUUGGGGGCAGUGCGAGAACACCAAGUCUGUAGAAUUUGCUCGCGAGGUCACAGUGGUGAGUGGUUCUGCCAUUCUUGGCCGGCCGGCUGACACUUUGAGCAUAGCAGCGGCAACUGUUGCAAUGCUAUCUUGUUGCUGUUCUAGGUUUUCCAACUGUUACUAGUACUGCUGCUGUCGGGAGAAACCCAUCUAUGCAUUGGUACUUCUUUUUAGGUUUGUAGCAAUGCAUUGUGCUUUCAAUAUCUAAUACUCCGUACUUAUGUUUGUUUUAUUAUUUAAGCUGUUUUAGACCAUAGUUCCCUGGUUAUUCAUUGAGCCAUUUCUCCUUCUUAAUCGUGGAGCUUAUGAUAGUUUUUGUGAAGAUUGAAACUGAAUCUGGUAGCAUGUUUUUUGUGUUUUCAAGCAACCAGCACGAGCUCUGCCUUUUCAUUAAGUAAAAGAAGAAUUGGCCAGUUAACAAGGGAGAGAGGGGUGUCCUUCGUGCCUUAAUUGGCAUCUUGUAUCUUGUCUUUUCUUUUACUCCCCCUCCCUGUAACUAUUUAUUAAUUAUACAUAUAUUGUCGGAGCCUCUCGUGCUGUUUUUUAUCAAAAAAUAAUAAGGGAGAGGAGAGACCAGAUGAAAACCGAUGGUAGCAUCAUUUUGCAACCAAGAGAACCACAAAAGAAAAAUUGAUUUCGUGUUCACUCUCAUUCUUACCUUUAUUUUCCUCUGCUGUUUGCAGUUCUACUAAAUACUCUUUGAUCCGCAAUAUAACCAUUAGGGUUUGGUAAAGUAAAGAGCGUUUUAGGUUGUACAAGUAGUCUUCUAAUGUGAAUUGUCCCUGAAGAAAGUUGUUUUUCCGGGUAUCAAGUUACUAUAAAUGUGAUGUGGUUCUAAUGUCCGGAUAAAAUCGGGUUGUCCAAAAAGCUCUUUUUUGUGUGAUGUCUUAAGACUGGACGGGUUAUUUAUACUUUUUCUAUACUGAAUGGUUAGUGUUUGUUUGAUAAUAAGUUUUUUAUAUUCCUGGGCCAAUCAAAUCACAUUUUAAUGUCGGGUGAUGGUGAUCGUUACAGGCAAUGUGGAGCUGGAAUGUGCCUGCUUACCAUGUUCUGCAUCAAAGAGAAAUUUAAGCAGAUGAUUCCUGCUGCCAAAUGCCAGUUGAAUGGAUUUAUUACUUCAAAUGCUUGUCCUGUAUACCCAAGGCAGCCUAUUGACCCAUUAACAAGAGCAAAGACAAAUUUCUCAAGGCACCGUUCAUUUGCAGAAUCAUCACUGAAGGCAAGCUCCCGAGAGCAAGAGAUUGUCAUUGCUUUAGGGGGAAAUGUGGGUGACAGAAUCAGUAACUUUAAUUCAGCCCUUCAACUCAUGAAAGAUUCAGGCAUAAGCAUUCUUCGACACGCAUGGUUGUAUGGUGUGCCUGCAUAUGUCACCAAUCGACCACCAUUCCUCAACUCUGCUGUCAGAGGGACAACAAAACUCGGGCCUCAUGACUUACUCAGACUACUCAAAAAAAUUGAGAAGGAUUUGGGCCGAACAGAUGGGAUAAGAUAUGGCCCUAGACCAAUUGAUCUUGAUAUUUUGUUCUAUGGUAAGCACCACAUAAACUCUGAAUCUUUGACAAUACCACAUGAAAGGAUACACAAGAGGCCAUUUGUUAUGGCUCCGCUAAUGGAUCUGGUAAGAACAUCUACUGAAACUGAUGUGGAAGCAAGUUGGCAUUCACUCUCAAAAUGCAGUGAUGGUCUCUUCAAAAUUUGGGAGAACCUUGGAGGAGAGUCCUUGAUUGGAAAAGAAGGCCUAAGAAGGGUUUUGCCUGUAGGUGAUGAGCUGUUGGAUUUUGCAGAGAGAACUCAUGUCAUGGGCAUACUUAAUCUGACACCAGAUAGUUUUAGCGAUGGAGGAAAAUUUCAAGAAGUGGAGGCUGCUGUUAAUCAGGUCAAGUUGCUUGUAUCUGAAGGUGCAGAUAUUAUUGACAUUGGGGCACAAUCGACACGUCCUUCUGCGAGAAGGCUCUCGGUGGGUGAAGAGCUUGAAAGAUUGGUUCCUGUGCUUGAUGCCGUCAUGAAGAUACCAGAAAUAGAAGGGAAGCUGUUAUCAGUGGACACCUUCUAUGCAGAAGUUGCAGCAGAAGCUGUGAGUCGAGGAGUGCAUAUAGUCAAUGAUGUGUCUGCUGGACAUCUUGACCCUAAAAUUCUUGAAGGUGUCAGGGAACUUGGUGUUCCAUACAUCGUAAUGCAUAUGAGAGGGGAUCCAUCCACGAUGCAAAGUGAUCAAAAUUUGCAGUAUGAAGAUGUUUGCAAGCAAGUGGCCUCUGAGUUAUACUCGAGAGUGCGCAGCGCAGAAAUGGCAGGAAUUCCUUUGUGGAGAUUGAUUGUCGACCCUGGGAUCGGUUUCUCAAAAGAUUCCAAACAGAACCUCCAGCUUCUUGCUGGUCUAUCAUCCGUAAGAAGAGAGAUGAGCAAAACAAGUGUUGGUGCUUCACAUAUGCCAAUGUUAGUUGGACUAUCCAGGAAAAGAUUUCUAGGUGAAAUAUGUAACCAUGCCAGUCCUGUUGAGAGGGAUCCUGCUACGGUCUCUGCUGCUACGUCUGCUAUAUUGGGUGGCAACAUAAUUAGCGUACACAAUGCCAGAUUUGGUGUUGAUACUGCAAAGAUAUGUGAUGCACUACUCAAGCAAAGAAACACUCGGGAAUUAUUUUGACACUGAAGACGAAAGUAAAUAUUAUAUCCCUUUUUGACAACCAGGCCAGAAACUGUCCAGGUUGAUACAUUUGAUUUUGUAUAUGUGUUCUGCAUAUCUGCGUAAGAGUAGGAUCCCAUGUCACUAAGAGCUGACAUAACAAUGAGAUGAUAAAUUUUGAGCAGCUCACCCAAAGCGAGCUUUCCCCUAUCGUUCUAAUUGCAGUUUCUCUAAAUUGAGUUCAGUCGAGUUUUUUACUUGUCAACAUAUUUCCAUUAGCUUUAGAAACUUGUUGUAUUUCACUUCAUACCCAUUGGCAUCCAUCUAUCUGCUAUGUUCACAUUAUGUGGAACUUCUGCCCUUGUUGAUGAUUGAUGACACACAAACUUGAGUA